GGCUGGAGAGGGACGGAGCAUUAGAGACCAGAGCCUCUCAAAAUCAGAGCUGGAUUCCCAAAGGAGCUGGUGGUGGUGGUUUGUCCUUUCAGAGGCUGGCCCUAAAUCAGGACUCAAGUGACUAGUCCCACUGACGUCAAGGGUGAGGGUGCCCAGCACCUGGCAGGACUGGAGCUUCGGAGAGGCCUGUCUGAGUCAGCACCUUUGUAAGUUCUAAAAGAUCCCAAAAUUUAAAGUGGAAGGACAAAAACACCUGCAACUCAGCUAGAUCCAUGGCAGCUACUCCACCACCUCCGCUACCUACAGAAGAGCUGACCACCCCUUUUCUGAAGAGGAUAAAUACGCCGUCUCUCCAAGAAGAAGCCAGUGUGGGUGUCAUCGCAGGUGUCAUCACAGUGGUUUUCAUCACACUACUGACAGUCCUGGUAGUGAUCAUCAUAUACCUGUACAAGAAUAAAGGUAGCUACCAUACCUAUGAGCAACCAGAAGCAGAUGUGUCAGUACAGAUGGAGAACCUCCCUUCCAAAGGAGAAAAGGAGGAAUAUUUUAUAUAAUCCAUUCAGUGGGGCUAACAGCUUCUACGCCGUACUCAGGUUUGAUGCUAAAUUGCCCAUGUUUCCUGGACUCUGGGACCUAGAGACUUUUUUUCCCUAAUUUAUUACACUUUUCCUACUUGGAUUAAUUUAACAUGUGCACAAUGCUAACCUCAAUCAUUGUUCCACUGCGUAGAACGAUUAUUAAACUGAAGGCAAGGAUCUCCCACCUAGUAUUCGCUUGGAAGAACUACAAUGUAAAAGUGCCAGCUGUGAUGAUAGUGCACUUCCUUGUACGGUUUGUAAUAUGGACUAAUAAACAUCUAGGUCAGGGAUCGGCAACCUUUCAGAAGUGGUGUGCCGUGUCUUCAUUUAUUCACUCUAAUUUAAGGUUUCAUGUGCCAGUAAUACAUUUUAAUGUUCUUAGAAGGUCUCUUUCUAU